ACUGUAGGGCUUCGCUGACGACGGUGUCCGCAGUGCUCGUCCGAGCCCAGGGCGCUAUGGCGGCGGCGGCGGCGGCCGGCGUGCUGCUCUGCUCAGCCUGGUACUACACCAUACUCGCUGGGUUUUUCACACUAUACUGCCCCGUCACGUACCUCAUGUUUUUCAAUCACAAAUUGUACAGAAAAUUCGUCGACUUAUUGUUCGCUCUGUGGGAGCUGUAUCCAGUGGCGCUAUUUCAAUGUUGUUACAAAACUCGACUUCAUCACUUUGGAGACUAUGUGAAUCCAGAUGAAAACACAAUAAUAAUUCUUAACCAUCGAUCUCGUGUUGACUGGAACUAUGUGUGGAUAGCUCUGUACCACGCUACUCAGAAUCCUACUAAGGAAAAAUGUUCUUGUAAAGAGACAAGAAAUGUCGAUGGCACUGAAUCGAAGAGUGCCCUUUUUGACAUAGGAGGAAAAUCAAAGAUAAAAUUCGUCUUGAAAGACGAACUUAAGGUUGUACCUGGAUUGGGUUGGAUAAUGCAGUUGAACUACUUCCUAUACGUGAAAAGAGCGUGGAGCGAAGACCAGCUGAGUUUGAGCCAGUUUGCUGACUACUACACGCGUCUGAGGCGCUCCUGUAGACUCGUUCUGUUCCCAGAAGGCACUGACUUGAGCGACGAAAAUCGCAGAAGAAGCGAUAAAUUCGCUGAAGCAAAAAAAUUGCCGCGCUACGAGUACGUGCUCCACCCGCGCACAACGGGGUGGGCAGCGCUGACCUCGCAGCUGCGCCCGCGCCUGCGCUCUGUGUAUGACGUCACCGUUGCGUAUGACCACCCCGCGCAGACCGAGGCUAGCUUACUGCAAGGGAAGAUACCUGGACACGUCUAUUUCCACUUUAAACGUUACUCGAUUGACGAGCUGCCCAAUGAAGAAGCCAGUUUGAGGUCGUGGUUGGAAGAACGUUGGCGGGAGAAGGAAAGCAGCCUUCGCAAGUUUCAUUACGAUGGAACUUUUAUCGACCCCUCGAACAAGUCACCCGUAGAACGAGCACCGAGAGAAAUGCUAACUGCGAAGAUAGGAUUCAUGUUCUGGACUAUAAUAGACCUCCUCUUUGCCUAUGGGAUGCUCUAUAGUGUAGCUUUCCGCUUUUGGGUCCUUUACCACUGCUUUUUAUUUGUGUUCGUUACCUGGUACUUCGGAGGAUUCCAUAACAUACAGUACAAAUUACUUGAGAAAUUAAAAGCGAAUUAG